UCCUGGUGGGGGCAGCACUUGGGGGAGGUCUUGAAGGAAGCAAGGAAAGGAUUUCAGUAGCUGGAUCAGAGUGGAAAGUACAUUUUCUCUUUCUUUCUUUAAGUGCUCCACUGUCACUCUGCAUGUCUCAUUUGAACUGUAUGGACAGUUUCAGAUGGAUGCUGCCAGACCACAGCCAGAGAAGCAGAUGUAGAAAAUGAAGGGGCAGCAGGGCUAAGAGAAGCUCAAGAUGUGUCCUGGAGAAUGAACACUCUGAAGGAGGCUGCCCUCCUCUCCUCCAUCACUCUUUCCCUUCCUCUAACUCCAAGAGCCUGGCCUGAGCCAGGGUCAUGUGGCUGCGCGAGCGCCCUGUCCUUACCCUGCUCCUGCUCCUACUACUGCUGCGGUUCCCAUCCCAAGCCCCAGCCCGAGCGCCGGAGCCCUCCGCCCAGGAUGUCAGACUGAGCGUGGACUGGCUCACUCGCUAUGGCUACCUGCCUCCACCCGACCCUGCUCAGGCUCAGCUGCAGAGCCCAGAGCAGCUCCGGGACGCAAUCAAAAUCAUGCAGAGGUUUGCUGGGUUGAAGGAGACCGGCCUCAUGGAUGAGGCCACGUUGGCCACCAUGAAGAAGCCACGAUGUUCUCUGCCUGAUGUUCUGGGAGUGGCUGGGUUGGUAAGAAGGAGGAGGUAUGCCCUUACAGGCAGCUUCUGGAAGAAGAAGCAGCUGUUCUGGAGGGUUCAAUCCUUCCCACGGGGCUCUGCCCUCAGCCAAGAGACUAUUCGAGACCUGAUGCACUAUGCCCUGACUGCCUGGGGAACUGAGAUGGGGAUGACAUUCCAGGAGGCUGAGCCCAGGGUAGGAACAGAGCCGGAACUCCUCAUCAACUUCGCUCGGGCCUAUCACAAGGACAGCUACCCCUUUGAUGGGCCUGGGGGCACGUUAGCCCAUGCCUUCUUCCCUGGGGACCACCCAAUCUCUGGGGAUACCCACUUUGAUGAUGAGGAAGUCUGGACCUUCGGGGAAAGCGACCACGGUGGGACAGACCUGUUUGCUGUGGCUGUCCAUGAGUUUGGCCAUGCCUUGGGCCUGGCCCAUUCCUCUGCCCCUGACUCCAUCAUGCGGCCUUUCUACCAAGGCCCAGCUGGGGACCCUUUGAAGUACCGGCUUCCACCUGAUGACCGAGAAGGGAUCCAGCAGCUUUAUGGAAAGGGUCCAAAUAGUCCCCACCCAGAGUCAACUCGGAAACCUCUGGCACCUCCACCCCAACCCCCUGGGCAGCCCCCAGACAGUCCUUCAGCCCCAGUUCCCGACCGAUGUUCUGGUAACUUUGAUGCUAUCGCCAACAUCCGUGGUGAGGUCUUCUUCUUUAAAGGACCCUGGUUCUGGCGCCUUCAGCCCUCAGGCCAGUUGGUGUCCCCUCGACCUGCGAACCUGCACCGAUUCUGGGAGGGGCUGCCUGAGCACGUGGUGGCCGUGGAUGCAGCCUAUUCUCGGCCCUCAGACGGACGUAUCCUGCUUUUUAGUGGACACCAGUUCUGGGUGUUUCAGGACCGGCAGCUGGAGGCUGGUUCUCCAAAGUUGCUGACUGAACUGGGGCUUCCCCCUGGGGAAGUUGUGGAUGCUGUUUUCUCUUGGCCCCAGAAUGGGAAGACAUACCUGAUUCGAGGUGAACAAUACUGGCGUUUUGAUGAGACGGUCCACAGUGUUGACCCAGGCUACCCUAAGAGACUGAUCCUGUGGGAGGGAGCACCUUCAGCACCUGAUGAUGUGACUAUUGACAACAAAGGUGACACCUACUUCUUCAAGGGUACUGAGUAUUGGCGAUUUGCUCCAGGCAGUGUGGUGGCAGAGCCUGGCUCCCCCCACCCCAUGGGGCCCAAGUGGUUGGACUGCCCUCCUUCUGCCCCAGGUCCUCCAGCCCCAAGACCUUCCAAGUCUCCCCCCAACUGUCAGUGUGAGAUCAACCAGGCAGGGAGUUCAGGACCAAGACUUCCUGGUUUCCUCUUCAUCUUCUCUGUGAUUCUCUCCCUCUUCUUGGGCACAACCACCUGGCCCUAAGAACUUGGGCCAGUAGCUGUACCCCCCCCAACUUUCCCCUCCUCCUCUCUCUUCCCAUAGAGAUGAGUCCUGUGUCUGUCCCUCUCUUUUACCGCCAUUCCCCAGUACACCGUGGGCUCUGCAAGGCAGGUAGGCAAGUCACUUCCCCUUUCUGGAUCUCAGUUUCUCCAUUUGAAAAAAUGAGGGACUUGGAUUUAAUGGCCUCUAAAGUCCCUUCUAAUUCUAAAUCUAGGAUCCCAUGAAUAGAUGAGCUCUGGUGUCCUCUGGCUCUCAAGAAUUAAUAAGAAUCUAGGUUUUCCCAAAGCAUGACUCACUAGUGCCUAGUUCAUGAGUUUAGUUGUCCGUUCCCUGGCCCCUGCUUUCCCUUAGCCCUGGCUUGCACAGUCUAUGAUUCUGGGCAUAGGGGAUCAGAUUGAGAAUCCAGAAGGUCCUCUCUCCGUAGCCUGUGGGGAUCUCAGAGGGUCUUAGAGGCUGCCAUUCCCAGGAAGAGCAAGCAGACUCCCUAUCUGUCUGAUCUUCCCUCCUGCAGGCUGCCAAAAGGGGGGGCCCUGUGGCUGGGUGGGGUCCCAAGGAUUAGGGAGAUAUUGAGAGAGGCUGUACAGGUAAUUGUACCCCUCUCCCAGUCUUUGGUCCCUGUAAUUCUUGACUCAGAGAGAGGCCUGGGCUUUGCCGAGCCCCCAGCUACAAGACUGAAAGGAAAGGAAGGCAGGACUGUCAAGAGCAGUUGAUCUGGACCUCCUCCAUGAAGGAGUUGGGCUGGGAUGCAGAUCUUUAAAGCCCAAGGGGAGAGUUUUCUCUCAGCUCCUCUGAAACACCCUGCCCCUCAGCAGUGCUUGAAAAAUCUUCUAAGUCCCAGUAGUCAAUCCAUCAAGAUGCCCUGGUCUCCGUCUGGUUUCUUGAAGCGCUCAGGGAGCAAGGAGGAGCUAGGAAUACUCCCCUCAGACUUUGAACCCCACCUCAGCAUUGCUGAUUGUCCUCCAGCUUCCUUUGCCUCCUUCUUUCCUUCUCUAGGUUCCCCCUCUCUCCCUAAACCAUGGGUUCUUAACCUGGGGCCCACAGAUCCUCAGGGGGCCCCCAAAGGGGUCUGCAGAUGGAUUUUAGGGGUUCUAUGAAGUUGAAUGGAAAAAAAUACAUCUUUAUUUUUACUAAC